AAUAGUGAAGCGCUCUCCUGCUUCGGUCCCACAUUGCACCGGGGCGGAAUCUGUGCAGCUGUCAGUCGCCGAACAGUGUAUUAUAUUAUAUAUCAUCUAUUAUUAAUAUUCUUGCUAUUAUACCAUCUAUUAUACGUCCACUCGGCCCGGCGAGUGAGCGGAUCGCUUUCGGUGCGGUUGGAAACAACAAAUCAUACAGGAGUCGCCAUGGGAGGAAAACUGAGCAAGAAGAAGAAGGGCUACGACGUGAGUGACCCCAAAGACCUGAAGGAUGAGAUCACAGCCGCGGCCGUCGGCGCGGUGGAGUCGGUCCAGGCGGCGGUGGAGAGCGCUCUCCCCGCCGAGGCGGCCGGAGUGACUGCUGAGGUCGGCAAGAAAGCGUCAGCUGCGGUGGAAGAGGUAGUGAGUUCGGCAGUGGCGGAGAUAUCACAGGCUGCGGCGGGCAUGAUGGGGACGGGUGACUCCAAGGAGGCGGACGCUGCCGUUAAGGAGGAACCUGUUGUAGCUCAGAAGGACCCAGAAGAACCAGCUGCAGUGGAACCGGCUGCAGUGGAACCUGCUCCCGUUCCGGAAAUAUCCAUAGAGGAACCUGCUCCCGUUGAGAAGGACCCAGAACCGGCAGCAGUAGAACCUGUUGCCGUAGAAACACCAGCUGAGGUAGAACCGGCAGCAGUAGAACCUGUUGCCGUAGAAACACCAGCUGAGGUAGAACCGGCAGCAGUAGAACCUGUUGCCGUAGAAACACCAGCUGAGGUAGAACCGGCAGCAGUAGAACCUGUUGUCGUAGAAACACCAGCUGAGGUAGAAACGGCAGCAGUAGAACCUGUUGCCGUAGAAACACCAGCUGAGGUAGAACCGGCAGCAGUAGAACCUGUUGCAGUAGAAACACCAGCUGAGGUAGAACCGGCAGUAGUAGAACCUGUUGCCGUAGAAACACCAGCUGAGGUAGAACCGGCAGCAGUAGAACCUGUUGCAGUAGAAACACCAGCCGAGGUAGAACCGGCAGUAGUAGAACCUGUUGCAGAAUCUUCUCCAGUUGAGAAGGACCAAGAACCUGCAGCAGAAGAACAAGUGGCAAUCAAACCUGUUGCAGUAGAAACACCGGCUGCAGAUGAGGCUGUUGCAGCAGAACCAGUGGCCAUAGAACUGUCUACAGAAGAACUCACUCCGGUUCAAGAAUUAUCUGUUGAGGAACCUGCUCCUGUUAAGAAGGAUCCCGAACCAGCAACAGUGGAAGUGGCUCUAGUCAAAACACCAGCUGCUGUAGAACCAGUGGCAGUAGAACCAUUUGCCGGAGAACUGGCUGUUGAGGAGCCUACUUCAGUUCAGAAGAACCCAGAACUGGAUUUAGUUGAAGCCACUGAGACUGCACAAUGUGACGCUCUAGACGCGCCUGCACAAACCCAGGAGACACCAGGGUGGUCACCAGUGGAGCAGCCCGAACCUGAGCCUUCUGAGUCCCUUGUGGGGGACUCCCCCCCAGCACCAGAAACACACGUGAUUGAACCCGAAGCCCACACAGAGAUGUCAGAAGUCCAAGCCCCCAGUGCAGCUGUUGAGCCUGUUCCAGAGACUGUCACUGAGUCAGAAGUCGAUGGCGAAGAAACAGCCGCUACUGAGCUCCAGUCUGAGUCAAUAACUAACCUGGAGCUGUCCGCAGAGGUACCGGCUUAUGCUGCUCCGAUUCCAGUGUUGGAGCCCGAAGCUGGGGCUGAUGCAGUUGAGGAGCAGGGCUUCGAAAAAGUCAUGCCGGAAACGGCACCACCGGAGGCCUGUGGAACCGAACCAGAACCAGCGACAGAAGACCCAGUGACCGAAGUUACCCCUGAGCCUGAAGCCCCAAAAGCCAUUGCUGAGGUGGUCGCUGUGUGCGAGGUGCCCGCUGAAGUGGUAGCGUUCGUUGAGGUCUCAGCAGUAGAGGAGGAGAAAAUGACAGAGCCCCAGGUGGUAACCAAGAUGGAGAAUGGAGAUUCAAAGAGUGACUUGGCCAUGGAGGAGGAGGAAGAGCUAGACUCGCUGCCCGUGGUGAACGGAGCGUCCAGCGACUCCAGCGCUCUUUCCGAGGAACAGGUGAACAACACCGAAGCCGAGCUGCCGGUGAAAGCUUUCACUGAGCACCAUGAAUCGGAGGUGACCAAAGACUUAUCUUUUAACGCCCCCGAAGACGUGUCUGAGAUGGUCAAGUCCAUCAGCGCUGCAGACAACCAGGCUGUGGAGCUGGUCUGAAGGAAAUCUUUCGAACCAAUCAAGUCAAUCCAGCGCCCUCCUUGGUUGAGGAUGCCAGAAAGCUGAUGAAAUAAAAAACGCCCGACUUCCUAUUAUGGGAUAUGUCAAAAACAAAAUACCACCACAAGAUCUGUCGUGGUUGCUCAGGCGAAAAGGACUGACGUGGUUGAGCGAAGAGAAGAUCACAACAUGGAAUCACUUUAGGGUAGUUCAGACAAAGUGCAACUGAAAGUGAGAGGGAGGGCAUAAGGCGAGUGUAUGAGGAGGGCCGUGUGUAUGUGUGUGAAGUAUUUAAGGAGGAAGAGAGCGAGGAAGAGAGAAAUAUAUCAGAGCCAGAUGGUGGACUUGAGGAACGGAAGUAAAAGUACUGCCCUACUGCCUUGAAACCUUUGAAUAUAGCGACCCUGGGUUUAAACAGACAUUUAAUAUUAGUGUAUGAUUCGAGCUAGUCUUUCACAUAUCCUUUACAUAACGUUAAAAGCUGUAUGCAGCGGUUCUUUUGUAAUAAUGCAACCUGAUGAUGAAUGUUUAAUUGAUCGUUUGAUGUAGAGAAUAAAAACAAUAUAGUCCACUCUGUCCCUUUCCUUUUUCAUAUGCACUC